CACUGCCCGCUCAACUCACCUGUGGCCAGUCUCGCCUUAUUUCUUUGGAAAGUAGACGUGUCCACAUUCCACACAGUUGGUCGCACCUCACUGAUCACUGGACAGUUUAUGUCACGUUUACAGGACAAGUGGAACCCUGACCACAGCAGAUGAUGGCUGUGUACAACAGAACACCUCUUCAGAUCGCUGUCGUGUGUGUAUUCAUCCUGCUGGCAUUAUAUCUAUAUACAUUACACUACUCUGUUGGAUGGCUCACCCCAGAGGCUCCCAUUGCACCAAAACCGAGGUCAAAACCCCCGAGUCACCAUCCUCCGCCGGCUCCAUGCACCUGUCCUAACGGCUCAGUGCUUCUCAAAGAUCACAUCCCUAAGGAUCAGUACGAGGAGCUGGUGAAACGCCGAGCUAAGGAACUCCAAAAUCACAAAGCCAGGACGACGUCUGUGUUAUCCAGACUGCUGUUUGCAUUGCCUAACUCUCCUCUGCAGUAUCCGAUCCAGGGUUUUACAGUACGGCCUUUGACCUCCAGUCUCAUACCAGGUUUAUCUCUGCAUGCAGAACACAGAAGCAGCUACAAGGUGUCCUUGAGUGUGUCCAAAGGCGUCCUGACCGCGGAGAGUCCAACUGAAGGAGUGAAGGUCCAAGGUGAUGGUGAGAGCAGACUGAUUCUGGAAUCGAGCAGCCUGCUGAUCCUGAAUGACCUGCUGGCCAAAGUGUCCUACACCAGCACUGUCUACCACGUGCACACCGGAGACCUCGCUUCCUUCCAGUUUGAGAACCAUGAAGCUGUGUUUCCCAUCACCAUCAAACAGCCUCACCUGCCGGUCCUGUACGACAUGGGAACAGAUAUCAGCUCUCACGUCACCAUCGCCACGAAGACAUUCCUUCGCUACCCACAGCUCAAGGUGUUGUUGAGUAGCAUCCGGCGUUUCUAUGGCAACAUAGAAGUCGUCAUUGCAGAUGACAGCUUUGAACCAGAGCACAUUCCUGGAGAACACAUCCGACAGUACUUCAUGCCUCCAGCACAGGGCUGGUUUGCUGGCAGGAACCUGGCUGUCUCCCAGGUAACCACCAAGUACUUCCUGUGGGUGGACGAUGACUUUGUGUUUAAGGAGGAGACAAAGAUCGAGAAGCUGGUGGAGGUGAUGGAGGCCGUCCCUGAACUGGACGUGCUGGGCGGGACAGUGCAAGGAAACCAGUUUCAUUUCUCUCUAAUCUAUGAGGAAGGAGAGGAAAACGACGGGGGCUGCCUUUACAGGAAGUCUAAGGGGAAGUUCCACUCACUUCCUGGUUACCCACAAUGCUUUCUGGCCGAUGGGGUGGUAAACUUCUUCCUGGCUCGUACAGAUGCUGUGCAGAGGGUGGGAUUUGACCCUAAGCUCCAGAGAGUAGCACACUCAGAGUUCUUUAUGGAUGGCCUGGGCUCCCUGCUGGUCGCCACGUGUGGCCACGUGUCCAUUGGCCAUCAGCCCAAAACAAACAACAAUAAGGACGCGACUCGCUACAAAAGCUUCAGACACCCGUCAAGUAGUGACAGUGAGUUCAAACUGCAGCUUCACUUCUUCAAAAAUAACCUCAAGUGUAUCCGAUAUGGAUAGAAGACCACCAGAGGACACCGAGCCGCACUUUUCCCUCAACUUGUUCAAAUGAAUGUAUUUUAUAUUUCUCUUCUUUCUUUAUUAUUUUAAUUGUUUUAAUGUUUUUUUGGUCAGGUGGUGUGUUUUUAGUGUAAGUAAGGGUAAUAUAUUCUGAAUAUUCUGACUAUAUGUUCAGUAACUGACAUGCAGACUGUGAGUAAACUCAAGUUACUGAUAAGGACAAGUUGUGCACUGCUGUUAUAAACAGAAUAAACUGUGCUCAGGAUUUUAUGUCAUUUUUUAAGGGGGUUUGGAUGUAUCUACGGUACGUUAUCAGUUAAAUAUUCUGAACAAAAGACGCUGAAACUAGAUCCUGCUUCACACCAAAGAAAAGCUAAGUGAAGAACUCUUCUGUCUGUGAGGCAGCCUGGUGCCGAUGUUUCUGUGAGGAGCUGAUCUGAAUGUAUGAAUGAAGAAUUUAAACAUUUUCAGUUGAUGAAGCUCAGCGUAAGCUCAAUCAUGAAAACUUUCUUUAUGCCAUAUCCUGUAACAGUUCUCUCUCCAUCUGACUCCCAACGCUUCCGCCCAUCAGCAGACUGUGGGCGUUCCCUCUCCUGGUUAGCCAUUCAGAUUUUACCACCAUCUCCUUCUGCCAACGGCCUUUGGCGUCUUCACGAGACGCAGCAGGCUUUCAUCUAACUCUAAUGUGAAACCCAUUUGUGCCAAUACUUGACAUUAAAAGUGGCUGACGUACUAUAAAAAGCAAGAAAGUGCACGUAGGGUGUGAGGGAGGGGAGGUGGAUGUCACUCAGCAGACCGCGUCAGUGAUUUCGAUGUCAGACAUCAGAAGCCAAAGGCCACUUCUGGUGGUGGUGUAAUUCACCAUCAGGCAGCGUCAGUUUGUAACACAGCCGGACGUAACUUUACGGUACGCCGCCAGGUGGCUGGGCAGCACCUGUCGUGGCAGUAUGAUACGCAGACUGGCAGCGUCAGCUCAUCAUGUGGUUGGUUACUUCCACAGUGCAAUGAAACGCUGCUGGAAAGUCCCUACAGGGCGGAUGGGCGGGGUGGUGGAUGGGUCCUGUAAGAGCCAUAUUGAUAUUAGUAAGAAGAGUAUGGUAGUUUUACUUUAACGAUGUGGAAAUGCUCCUUUAAGUCACGCUUUUGAUGAUGUCACAGUCAAACAGCCCUCAGAGAUGGUUAAGCAGCCAAAGGAGCAACAGAGUUUUUUGACGGUGUGCCUAGUUGAGCCAAUUAAGAUUGAAUCUUGUAACUUUGUUUUUUGGUUUUUUAAUUAAAGUUUUCAAACGGAGUUACUGCCUUGGAAGAUUCAUUUCAUGUCAAGCUUAUUGCCAACGGACUGCUUAAUCGUGGUGGUAAUGUGGAGUAGGCCUACUGGAUGGAUGAAAGAUUGCCGCUACAGGUCCAACAAACUCUGGACUAAAGUCCAGGGGCCCGGUAUCCCAGACAGCAGGCAUCUCUAAUGCUCUCUAUAACCCUAUUAGUUUAGACUUUUACCUUCUGGAAAACAGUCCGGAGAAAAUACCUCGGGUAAUAUCAACCCUGUGCGAACGCGAUCCUCUGUAAAAAUGUGUGUAAAUAUUUCAUCACCUCCUGUUUACAACCAUUUUUCUAUGUUAACAACUAGUUUACGCGUUUUUUCGAUGAUGGAGGCGCCUGAUGAAGCAUCCGCUGCUGUUGGCAGUCAUGAUCGUGGACAUUCUUCUAAUGAUGGCACAGCCCUGCGUGGGACACCAAUCAAAAAGGUCGAGCACUUGUCAGAGCCAUGAGACUUCUGGUUGUGUUAGGUAGGCCUAAUAUAAAUCCAUAUUGCUAAUACACACAAUCCUGAUCAUGGGCAAUAUUUCAUAUUGGGCUAAUCAUUAAUUAUUAUUAUCCUUCAGCUGAUGCUUACAGGAAGCAAUGUAGCACGCACAUGUCGACAGGGAGGUGACGCCAGGGCACAAACCGAGUUACCACUCCCAUCUCUGGUAGAAUUAUGGAGAUUUCUUAUCCCGUGCGAAUCAGACAUUUAUAUUACAGACAUCCUGUGGUAAACUGACAUGAGUCCACAUCCCUAUGUAAAACUAACCCUGCCCAAAACCUAUUUCCUGCUGCACACAGGUCAUAAACCCAUGGAUCCAACAACGUCUCAGUGGAAACUGUUGACAAAUACAAACGUCAUAGUGCUUUAUAUCCAGAAACACCGCAGCUCGUUUGUUUACUUGUAUUUGUUUACAGGCAUUUCUUGCCCUCUCCUAUAUGUUGUGUAGGAUCCAGCAGCCUAUAAGAUGUCGUGUUUAUAUAUCUGUGAUUAACGUCACUGUGAUAACACACUGUACAUUUCUUUACUGCAAAUAAAAUAAAUACAUAUAUUUAUUCAUGGUGUGAAAACAUAUAAAACUUGAUGUAUUUCCUUGUUUGGUGUAAAUCGAGGCAACGUGGUCAUUUCUGUACUUUGUCACCUUCA